AUUACGGGUUAUAAUCCAGUUGUUACACAUUUUGUUGAACUUAGAAACCGAAAACUGUGGAAAACCUCUGCGCUUUGUUGCAUUUGCAUUGGAGUGAUGAGUGUGGUCGAGUGCGCAUCGAGUGAAUGAAUGAGCGUCGUGCAGGCAAAUUUGCAAUUGGUCAAAAUAAAAUCAAAACAAAAAACUGAAACAAAUGUCAAAACCGAUUCUAGGGGAAAAAAGUAUUGAAAAUUAAAAAACAAAAAAUAAUUAAAGCUUAAAGAGCGCCUUUCUUCCACCCUCUUUCCGGCUGCUGUAACAACAAACGAGAGUGAGCGUAAAUACGUUCGUGUGUGACGGACGGACGAACGAACGGGUGGUGCAAAUGAUGAUCGUGACAAAAAUAAAGCGAGCACAUUUAGUCAGUCUAUCAUUUCGCGUUUCAUAAAGAGGAUAUUUAAAACGGAUAAAGGCAAGAAGAUUUCAAUACGAAAAGAAGAAAUAAAAAAUAUUCGAACAAAAGAAAAGGAAAUUGAAUUUUUAGUGGAGGACAAUUAAUUAAAAUUUGCAAUAAUUAAAAAAUUCUUGAAAAUAAAAUAAUCCUCUUUUGUGGUGCUCUCAAACUCUAACCAACAAGUGUAAAAAAAGGAAAUCGACCACAACAAAAUAGUUCCCAUGCAUCUGAACCGGACCAACGGAUAUGCAUAAUAAACGCAAGAAACCCAAUAAAGAUUGCCGCCCAUAAAUAACGGUUACCCAAGUGUGCGUGUGUCCGAGUGUAACUUCCAACUUCCGGAAAAAUAUGUUUGUGACUCGAUUUGCAGCUACAUUAUCUGCACUUAACAAACACAUCUCAAGGAUGCCCCUCUUAAGCUAAUGAAAACUCCCCGCAACCCCCAACAGCCCAUCAGCCCCAUAAAAGAAACACCUGUAGUGCAAUUUUUUUCAUAUUUUCCUGUUGAAGAUUGUCCCCCUCCAGACAUCCUAUUCAAAUAACUGCUCUUCAGCUCUUGUGAAUCCGCGAGUGUUUUACGUUUUUCAUUUUUUUGUUUUGCAAAAGCGGAUAUCCGUUAAAUCAUUCUCUCUAUUCCUACAACACUGCUAAACACAAGAAAAUAUUAAAAAAAAAAAUAAAAACAAACCAACCAACCAAGAAGGAAAGCACGAAAGAAAAAAAAGUUCACAACGAAACCCCAGUGAAAUAGUGGUGCUAUUAUCAUUACCGAUAGUUAUUGAAUAAUCAGGCUGAGGCUCCCAGCUCUCUUAAAUAAUUUAUGCGGAUAUUUAUAAUUUGCAUGUUGUGGAAAAUUGAUCGUCGUCAAGAGACAUCAUCAUCAACAUCAUCUUUGCUGUCGUCUAGCUCAACAAUAACAACAACCAUCAUUUUUCCGUUUACGUUCCUGUCAUCCUCCACAAUUCUGCUUUCUGCUGAUGUUCCUGUUCUGCCCGGCUUCCAUGAAAGAAUAUCUUCUCCAUCAGACAUUACUACAUUCAGAACAAACAUUCUGUAUUAGAUUUGCAAAUAAAAGACAAACUUUCAAAACAUCUGGCAAUUGAAAAAAUCAAAAAAAAAAAAUUCCACCACAACCGCAGCCAACACCCGCACAACAAACAAAUCGAGCCCAACACGCUGACAAAAGGAAAUCUUUUGAAUGCCGCAGUUUCUGCACGCCAUCGUCAACUUAGUAUGAGAGAAAAAGAUCAUUCUCCAAGAAAAAUGCUUCCUAGCCCCAAACAAGGGUCGGUCUACCCGAUUUUAGGCUCCAUGCCCUACAACAGCAACAAUUUCAACUCGAAUGUACCUUAUGAUCUGUCAUCGCCUGCACGCAGCAAUAGCUCGACGGCGGCCACAGCCCUUACCACCGCCCUAACAGCAUUGUAUCAAACUCAAAAAGAUCUGAAGAAGGAGAGGAGGCGUGGCCAUGUGGAUCAACCCUUGGACUUGAGAUUGGCCCAUAAAAAGCAUGAUAGUGGCACGGCAGGUGAUGGCGGGACAGAUGGGGACUCCAACACCACCGAAAUGAUGGAGGAUGAAAAUAGCAAUCUGGUAAUGAUAACUAGCGGACAACUGGACAAGUCUUGUCACAACUCCGAAUGCAACAGCAAUACCAACACGAAUUCUCGGGUCCUGCAAGAUGGUGUGGCUGGCGAUAAGACAGUGGAUCUUCAUUUGUUGAGUGAAUUGAAUAAUAACAACAACAAUUUCCUGCUGCAAAACAAUCAAGCUCUGCAAGAACAGUUCGAAGCUCUGAACAGCAAAAAGAUGCUGAGGGUGUUGAGGGACCAAGCCAAAUCGUUGCCAACAAAUCUGGAACAACUGCCAUUUCCCGUAACGGCCCUACAUCCCACUCUACUCGAGACCAUAGCCAAAGCAAUGCCUCCUCUGCCCUACCGAAAUCUCUUCUUUUUGCCUCGACCAAAUCAGGCCAAUAAUCCAGCUGCAAAUGUAACAAAUUUCCCGUUUUUCUCCUCGCCACCGGCCGGUAGUCUAGGUAAGGAUGCGAAAAAGAAUACCACAACUGUAACGGCGACGACCACAACGCCACCCAUAGCCACAGCAGAUUCUAGCAUGACAGAUCUUAAAUUUGAUGUUGCCGCUGCCAGCGCCAAUAGAAAUACCCUUACCGAAAGCCUGGCCAAUUCGUUGCUGCUCAGUCAAAAUGGACCCACGCCCACCACCACCCCAAGCACCGGUGCCUCGGGUGCCCCACACUAUCGCCAAAAGAGACCUGCGGUUAAUCGUUCCAAUGCUCCAGCCGGGGCCAAUCAUCUGUACAAAUCAAAGGACCGUUAUACGUGUAAAUUUUGCGGCAAAGUAUUUCCCAGAUCGGCGAAUUUAACCCGCCAUCUGCGAACUCACACGGGCGAACAGCCCUACAAAUGCAAAUACUGUGAACGUUCCUUUAGCAUAUCGUCGAACCUGCAACGACAUGUGCGCAAUAUUCACAACAAGGAGAGACCCUUCAAAUGUGAAAUUUGUGAACGCUGCUUUGGCCAACAAACCAAUCUCGAUCGUCAUCUGAAGAAACAUGAAGCCGAUGCCGUGUCAAUGGGUCUGGGUCUCAACGAACGCAUACGUGGUGGUCUACGUCGUUUCUGUGAAAAUCCUGCCGAGGAAUCUUAUUUCGAAGAGAUACGCUCAUUUAUGGGUAAAGUCACUCAGUUGCCGUUGAAUUCAGCUGGCGCUGCGGCGGGAGCUUCCAAGUUGUCACUGAUGGAUCAUAGUACAACACCGCACUCUGAACCUCAUUCGCCGGGUCGAAGUUCAUCGUAUGCCCCCUCUGAUCCCGACUCAACGGCCAGUGGUCUGCGUAUUAUCAUUAAGGAUGAGCACAGUAAUCAUAGUAAUCAAUCGAAUGAGCAACAACAACAACAACAGCAAGGUAAUGAUCCACAACAACACCAGCAAUCUGGGCCUGGUGGAUCGGCACCAUCCACACCGCCUCCUAGGAACGAUGGCCACCGAAGUAAUCAGGGCUCCCCGUCUACAGUAUCGAAUAUUCAAACAAAUAAACUAAGUCCUUUUGAAUCGUCGCCCAGUAGAGAGUGUUCGGCAACAACCUAACAU